UGAAUCACAUUAUAUAUCCAGCCAUGAUCAUCAUCACCACUUCAUAUCUCUUGAUUCUAUCACUCCUCCAUUGUGCUGAUGCAAAGGAGUGCAGUCCUUCAGCCUGCGGCGAUAUUCGCAAUAUCAGCAUCCCUUUCAGCCCAGCCACUGCGGCAGUUCCAUAUAUGAACUAACAUGCCAACACAAUGUCCCGUUACGUUCGUCUAUCUAAACUCUAUCAAAUACUAUGUCAAGCACAUCAACUAUGAUUCCUCCACCAUUAGGCUGGCUGAUGCGUCCAUAACCAAUGAUACAAUCUGCUCUUUCCCUAUCACUUCCCUCCAGAUUCUACAAAUUAGCCGAUCGUUCUUCUUCUCCAUACUAUAUUCUUGAUCCCUUUGAUGAAUUACUGUCAGUUAACUUUAUUAGUUGAUAAAUUCUUCCACUUUACAGAUAUUACUGCCUGUAAUUUAUCAAUUGCCAGAUUUAGAUAUGUAUAUGUUGGGUUCAUGUUCAUCAUACCCUCAGAGAUACCACAUAUGUGUAAGAUAGAUCUAAUAGUCUUGACAUCGUGGCUGGGUUUAGAGGAUUUGACGAAUGUUUCACUUUCACAAAUCCACCAAUCUCUCUUGUAUGGUUUUGAACUCAACUUCCGUGAUGAUUGCAAUGAAAAAUCCACAACAUGGGGGAAACUCAUACAGCACUUUUCAGGACCAAAGUGCAAUGUCCUUAUUCCUCUUGCCAUUUUACGUGCCUACAUGAUUUUCAUAAUUGCAGGGGUAAGCCUUCUUGUGAUGAUCAUCAUCGGAAUUGCAGGUGUUCUAGCACUAUCAUUUACUCCUACUUCGCUUUUGGAAAAUAUACUACAAUACAGCUACUACGAUCAGACUAUGCUAGAAGCAGCUAAUCACAUUGUAUUCAUUGCAUUUUUCGCAGGUUGUUUGGCAGUUAUAGGUAAGCUCUUAAUAUAUAAAUGUCUAACAAUGGAUAAGAUAUCCAUCAGGGGUGGGGAAUUAUACCGAAAUAUUGUAAUACAAGAUUUACUGUAGUGAAAAAAUAUCGAAAAUAUCGAUUUUUCGGUAUACCGUAGUUUUCGGUACGGUAACGGUAUAAAAAACUACCUUACCGAAAGAGAAGAAUAUACCGAAUUUCGGUAUACCAACAAAUUCGGUACGGUAUCGGUAUAAUAUUUUGUCAUACCGUAACUUUCAGUAUGGUAUACGGUAUGACACUCCCGGUACGGUAUAACAUACCGAACCAACUCUAGAUAAGAUAAGAUUGUUAAUUUUGUCCCCCAAAGCGUGCCCUUAUUUUUUAUUUCAUGCCAAAUGGUUCGCUUCAUAAGUACGUCUUCUAUCGAGAAAAUACCUCUUCAUUGGAUUGGGAUACGAAAUUUAAGAUUGCAGUUGAAAUGGCUCGAGGGAUCAGAUAUUUGCACCAUGGUUGUGACAUCCAGAUCUUGCAUUUUGACAUCAAACCUCACAAUAUACUUCUUGAUGAUAAGUUCGUCCCAAAAAAUCAGAUUUCGGGCUAGCAAAAUUGUGCGCUACAAACAAGAAGGCAGUGACAUUGACGGCUGCUAGAGGAACAAUAGGCUAUGUUGCUCCUGAACUUGUCAAUAGAAGUAAUGGUGCAGUGUCUUACAAGGCUGAUGUGUAUAGCUUCGGGAUGUUGUUGAUGGAAAUGGUUAACUUAAAUAAAGACUUGACAAGUAACGAUGAUAAUUCUAGUAAGUAUUUUCCAAACUGGAUAUAUGACCACUUGAACGAAGGUAGGAACAUUGACAUCGGGAAUGUUGAUGAAAAUGAUGAUAGAAACAUUAGUCGGAAGAUGACUAUUGUCGCAUUAUGAUGCAUACAAAUGUGUCCAGACAAUCGUCCAUCAAUGAAUGAGGUGUUGGAGAUGCUAGAAUGUGAUGUCGAACAUUUGCAGAUUCCUGAUUAUUCAACAUAUAUGGCAAGAAAUGAGGACGAACACGGGGCUACAGAUUCAAAUGCUUCCAUAUCAUUGUUGCAUGAUAACAACGACAGCCACAUUGUUGAAAUUAUUAGUACUGCUUGAAAUAUUUGUGUUAUCAUCUAUUUUUACAUUGAAACAAGUUCCACUGGUUGUGUAUUUGUGAUAUGUUCAUAAUCAUAUGUAACAUGAA